GGUAAUUAUAAAUCUCGUUUUUCAAAAUUAUAUGUCUAUGCAUAGAUAAAUAAAUAAAUAAAUACAAGAGAGGGAGAAAAGAGAGAAGAAAAGAAAUCGGAAAAGAAACACAAAAAGUGGACUGAUAAGAGAUACAGAGGCAGAGCAACAACAGCAACACCAAGCCUCCUCCUGCCUCAAUUUCAGAUUCAUUACAUAAAUAUAUAUAUUAAAGCAAUAAUUUAGACAAGAAAAUAUACCCCAAGUUUUUCUUUUAUUUUUCUCUGGGAUGAUUGUGUUUUCAUUGACCUUUUUGAUAAAAAUUUAGUGUACUUGUUUAGAUCUUUAAGCAGGGAUGGAGAAAGAUGAGAGGAGCCAAAGAACAUGCAAAAAAAUAGAUUCAGAGCUGUUUUUACAGUGGGGAAACAGAAAAAGGCUAAGAUGUGUGAGAGUUAAAGACUCUCAAAAUACAUCUCAUAAAUCCAAUGCUACAACCCGUAGAAGAUUCAAUUCCUCUACUUUUUCUCAUUCCAAUUAUCGUCUCACUAGUUCUCAGGCACUCCAGUCGACUAUGACUGAGCACCAGAAAACUUUGUCACUGGAGAAGGAAGAUCGGUACUACACAACAAGGGGAUCAGCGGUGAGUUUAAUUGAUGAGAAUGGGAAGGUAGUAGUGGAUAGUAGCAGUAAUGGAGAUGAUAAAAAAAGGGUAGUGUGGCCGAAGCUGUAUAUGACAUUGUCAAGCAAAGAAAAAGAGGAGGAUUUUAUGGCAAUGAAAGGGUGUAAACCUCCUCAAAGACCUAGAAAGAGAGCCAAGAUCAUUCAAAGGAGCUUACUUUUGGUGAGCCCUGGUGCAUGGUUGACUGAUAUGUGCCAAGAGAGGUAUGAAGUAAGGGAAAAGAAGAGUUAUAAGAAGAGACCAAGAGGAUUGAAGGCCAUGGGGAGUAUGGAAAGUUAUUCAGAUUGAGAGACCUUUGGAGGAGCUAUUUUCUCUUCUUAAUUUUAUGGAAACUUUUGCCGUUAAUGGAAGAGAAAAAUGACAAACAAUAUCUGCCAGAUUUGUUGUAUACAAGUUGAAAUUUUCAUUUUUAUAAAUGAAAAUACCUAAAUCAUCAAAUUCAUAGUGUGAUUUUGGUAA